AUCAGACGGUGUAAAUCGAAACCGGUCAGCUGACCUUUACCGCAACGUCGACAGCGAUGAUUAAUGCACAUUGUGUUUAUAUUAGAUUGCAGCUCUGUUGAUGUUGAUAGUCAGGAUACAUUUGUAAUAAUUGUAUUCACACUAUACUACGGGAUUAAUAUGAUAAUUUUGUAAAUCAAAGGUUGGAUAAGAUCCAUCGUAGUGUGAAAUUUUAGUUAAGCGAUAAGCUUCACUGAACUUGUUCGGAAUAAGUCUCUUUUAGCGAGCCUGUUUUCUCCUCUCCUGUCAGCCGCUCUAUCUGGAGAGUGGGUCACUGCUACAUGUUUACAACUCUGGGCUUUCCCGUCACAGAAAUUAUCAUAUGCUUCCUGGUUGCUGUUGGUGACUCGGCUGACUGAUUUUGUUAACAUUUGCUUUGUAUUGUGUACGAGUUGAUUGUGUUAGGCUGUUUUUGCACCAGUCUUAUCAAGCGAUGUCACUUGCUGAGUCCAGCUCACCCUCGGCGCCUUUCUUCUCGGACGACAAUGAGACCGAGGGGUCUGGUGAGCCGGGGUCGGCGCUGGCGGGGGAGGAGCCAGCCAGCGGAGUGACCAAUCGGCGGGCAUAUUUCACGGUGACUGUGCUGUGCUACGUCAACCUGCUGAACUACAUGGACAGGUUCACCGUGGCUGGUGUUCUGCCGGACAUUGAACACUUCUUCGGGAUUGACGAUGGAAAGUCAGGAUUGUUGCAAACAGUUUUCAUCUGCAGCUACAUGUUCCUGGCUCCCGUCUUUGGUUACUUGGGCGACCGCUACAACAGGAAACUUAUCAUGUGUGGGGGAAUCAGCUUUUGGGCGCUGGUGACCCUGGCCAGCUCCUACACCCCCAAAGGCUACUUCUGGGCCCUGCUGCUGACCCGUGGGCUGGUGGGGGUAGGUGAGGCCAGCUACUCCACCAUAGCCCCCACCAUCAUAGCAGAUCUGUUCGUCAAUGAAAAGAGGACCAAGAUGCUGUCGAUCUUCUACUUCGCCAUCCCGGUGGGCAGUGGUCUUGGCUACAUCGUGGGCUCCAGAGUGGACAGCGUGGCACAGGACUGGCAUUGGGCUCUCCGGGUGACGCCGGGUCUGGGCCUCCUGGCGGUUCUGCUGCUGCUGUUUGUAGUGAAGGAGCCACGGAGGGGUGCCAUCGAGGCCCGACCAGAGCACAGUCUGCACAGGACCAGCUGGGCGGCGGACAUCCAGGCCCUCAGCAAGAACCCCAGCUUUAUCCUGUCCACCCUGGGCUUCACCGCCGUCGCCUUUGUCACUGGCUCUCUGGCCCUGUGGGCCCCGGCCUUCCUGUUCAGGGCUGCCGUCUUUACCGGCGAAAAGAAGCCCUGCUUCUCCGGGACCUGCGACAAUUCCGACAGCCUGUAUUUCGGGAUCAUCACCUGCGUAACGGGUGUACUGGGUGUGGCCAGUGGCGUGGCCAUCAGUACCUGGCUAAGGACGCGGACGCCCCGCGCCGACCCACUGGUCUGUGCUGCCGGACUCCUGCUGGCGGCGCCCUUCCUCUACCUGGCCAUCGUCUUCGCCCAGGCCAGCACCAUCGCCACCUAUGUGUUCAUAUUCUUCGGGGAGACCUUCCUGUCCAUGAACUGGGCCAUCGUGGCUGAUAUCCUGCUGUACGUGGUCGUUCCCACGCGGCGCUCCACUGCCGAAGCCUUCCAAAUCGUUAUCUCCCACUUGCUGGGGGAUGCUGGAAGCCCCUACCUGAUCGGAGUGGUGUCCGACCACCUGCGGCAGGCCGACUCGUACUUGUGGCAGUUCCGCUCCCUCCAGCUCUCCCUGCUCCUCUGCGCCUUCGUGGGGGUGGUGGGGGGGGCUUUCUUCCUGGCUACUGCCCUGUUCAUCGAGAGAGAUCGUAAGCUCGCCCAGAGCUACACACACUCAGGUGAUGAACCAAUUGUCGUGCCCAAGAGAGGAAGGUCCACAAAAGUACCAGUAUCGAGUGUGCUGAUUUGAUUAGAGCCAGAGGAAUGUGAGAAGAUCUGCCUUCUUUUGGGAGGACAGCUUUUUUUAUUGCCUGAAAGAGGGGGAACCAGUUAAAAGUUCAACCAAGAUUUUUCUGCUGCAGCUUGUCAAUAAAUUUAGAAAUUGGACUUUUUUUCUAUUUAGCCAAACUAUUAUAUUUGGCUAUUUAUUAUUGUCGUGAUUUUUGUUUGUAUUCAUUAACCUGUUUUCAGGAGCAGUUAAUACAGGAAGACACAAAAUGUG